UCUCUGCUCAAGGGAUUGGAACUAAUCCAGGAAAGGUAGAGGCUGUGAGAAAAUGGAAGACACCAAAUACAGUGAAAGAACUAAGGUCCUUUCUAGGGUUCUGUAGCUACUGCAGGAAAUGUAUUGGGUUUUCUAAAAUUGCAGGUCCUCUUCAUAACCUGGUGAAAUUUUGUCUGAGACAACAUGGUACGGUUAAGAGACCUGAGUUUUGUUCACUUUGGACAGAGGAGUGUAGUACAGCCUUCAAACUGUUAAAGGAGAAGCUUACUUCGGCUCCAGUCUUAGGUUUUGCAGACUUCUCUCUUCUGUUUGUAGUUGAGACGGAAGCUAGUAGGGAGUGUUUAGGUACUGUCCUUUACCAACAACAAGGUGACUCUAGGAGAGUGAUCGCCUAUGCAAGUCGACGGCUACGUAAUGUGGAGAAAAACAACAGGCAUUAUAGUAGUAUGAAGCUUGAACUGCCAGCUCUCAAGUGGGCUGCCUCGGAAAAGUUUAAGGAGUACCUGUUGGGCGCAAAAUUUGUGGUCGUUACAGAUAACAACCUGUUAUGUCAUCUGAAGAUGGCGAAGUUGGGUGCUUUUAAACAGGCUGGCAAAAGAUUCCGAUCAGGGAAGGAAUUUCGAGAGUGAGGUGGUGGCCGAGUUGUGUCGCUUGUAUGGAGUGAAGAAAACACGUACAACCCCUUACAAUCCACAAGGUAAUGCUCAGUGCAAGCGGUUUAACAGAAUGCUCCACAAGUUUUUAAGAAUGCUUCCUCCCGAAAAGAAAAGGCGAUGGCAGAACACCUUCCUGAGUUGAUCUAUGCAUAUAACGUAACCCCACAUGCUACAACGGGGUAUUCACCUUAUUUCUUGUUGUUUGGAGUAGAACCACGUCUUCCAGUAGAUGCUCUCCUGGGCGAGGAACAUCCUGUGAAUAGAGGGCAAGAUUGGUUAGUAAUCCACCAGAGCCGACUCAGAGAAGCUCAUGAAAAGGCGAGAGCAUUUGCAAAGCAGAAAGCGGCCGAGAGAUUGGCUCCACUUAAUGACAAGGUUUACUGUCCAUCUGUUGGUGUUGGGCAGACGGUGUACUUGCGUCACCGCCAUGUAGGUAGACACAAGAUACAGGAUUCCUGGGCUCCAGUUGUGUACCGGGUAGUAGAGGUACAAGGUACCACAUAUACGGUUGAGCCUGUAGAGGGAGGUCCUCAAAAGCGGGUCCACAGAGUUGACUUGCGACCGUGUGAGAGACCUGUGGUUGAAACAGCAGAGGCAGUACGUAGAGUGACAGCUCCAGUAGCUAAGCUUCCCUCUGAUUCAGUGGAAGCUGAACCUGUUGAUCCAGAGUGUGUAAUAUUGGAAGAGGUUACUUUGCCUCACAUGGCAGAGACGAGAGAUGUGGAAAUGGACGUCUCUAGGUCAGCAGAGGAACCGUUAGCAGUGGAAUCUGAUUGUGUUCUGGACAAUGAGGGACAGCAACCCUCUGAGUUAGAGCACACAGGGGAAGAGGGUAUUGUUCUUGUUGCAGAUAGACCUGUGCAACAAAAACCUGUCCCUGCACCAAGAAGGACAAGUCGUGUCAAUGCUGGUGUGCAUCCAAACCCAUUUAAUGAACCCAGGUCGGCAUGUAAUCCUGUCUCAAUCAGCCCUGAAGUCUUUUCCCAGGUUUUGACAAGCCUUGGUAGUGUGUUUUUCAGGGAAGCAGUAAAUGAGGUUAGGAACCUGCACUGAUGUCAUUGAGGACAAUGAUGGGUUUCAGCAGGGGAGAAUGUGGCCAGAGGUAUAAAUACAGCAUGUUUUCAAUGUGUGUUGAAACAGUGUAUGGCCCUUUAAGAGAUCGCCAAUCUCUGCUCGCGAGACUUCCUAUUUGCAUGUGCGUGACCAGAACAGCCAUUUUGAUAUAAUCCGAUGAAGCAGCCGAGUGCCAUGUCGUGGUGUUGGCAUCGGGACGAUUUAUUAUGAAAUGAUGCUGUUUUUCUGGAUGAGAUCGGUUCGUGUGUGAUCCGCGUGAACCUCGUGUCGGGUAUAGUGGAAAUUUCCAGUGUAAGUUCAGUAUUUCUUGUUCAAUUCAUGUGUUACUAUCUGGAAUUGUACAAAUGCUAUCAAUCCUGUUAAAACGCUUGUUUUAAUGUUUAACAAUGUAUGUUCAUGUGAAAAAUGUGGUUAUU